CGAGCCAUGGCGAUCGCAAGGCAAGUGCUUUGUCUCUCUGCUUUCCUCUCGCUGCCGCACGCUCGCGCCGAGCCCAUCCGCUACUCCGUAGCCGAGGAGGCGGAAAGCGGCUCCCUGGUGGGCAAGCUGGCGGAGGACGCGGGGCUCACGCCGCCGCAGCUCUCGGCUCGCCGCGCCCGCCUGGUCUCGGAGGACGGCCGGCAGCAUUUUCGCUUAGAGCGCGGCUCCGGCCGCCUCCUCGUGGCGGGGAGGCUGGACCGGGAGGAGCUGUGCGGCCAGGCCGCCACCUGCAUGCUCCCCUUCGAGCUCCUGCUCUCCGACCCGCUGCAGUUCUUUCGGGUCGAGGUGGCUCUGCACGAUAUCAAUGACCAUUCGCCAGUUUUUAGGAAGGAUCGUGUCAGUUUUAGGAUCCCCGAAACGAGCGAGCCGGGCUCUCGUUUUCCGCUGGAGGUGGCUCGCGAUCGCGAUAUUGGCAGCAACACUGUCCAGGCGUACAGCAUAUCACCGGAGAACGAGUCUUUCACUGUCUCCUAUGGUAGUCGGAAUGCGGAUGACAAAUAUCUUGAACUGGUCUUGGAAAAGCCGCUGGAUAGGGAGGAGCAGGCAGAGAUGAGUUUAACUGUAAUCGCUGAAGAUGGGGGCACUCCUCCCAGAAGUGGCACCACCGAGGUGCAAAUUGUCAUUUUAGAUGUGAAUGACAAUGCUCCCACCUUCACACAGGAGGUGUAUAUUGGAAAGGUCCUGGAGAACACGCCAGAAGGUUCUGUGGUUCUGACUGUUGUGGCAACCGAUCCAGAUGCUGGUGUUAAUGGGGACAUUUCCUAUGAACUCAGUGAUACAGUGGGGCAGAGCGACACAGCAUUUGAGAUUGACCCCAAAUCUGGUGAAAUUAAACUCACAAAACCUCUGGACUUCGAGGCAGCAGAAUCUCACGAGCUGAGUGUAAGGGCCACAGACGGUGGGGGUCUCUCCGCAAUCUGCAAAGUGUUGGUGGAGGUGGUGGAUGUGAACGACAAUGCCCCCGAGCUGGCGGUCAGCUCCUUCAGCAGUCCCCUCGCCGAGAACGCCGUGCCCGGCACCGUGGUUGCCCUGUUCACGGUCAGGGACCGCGACUCUGGUGCCAACGGCGAGAUCUCGUGUGCCCUCGACCACGAGCUCGUGUUCUCCCUGCGGCCAGCCUACAAGAAUUACUAUGAGCUGGUGACAGUGAGCGCGCUGGACCGCGAGCACACGGCUCAGUACGUGCUCAGGGUCACGGCAGCAGACGCGGGCUCGCCUCCUCUCUCGAGCACGCACACCUUCACCGUGGCCGUCUCGGACGUCAACGACAACGCCCCCGUCUUCAACCAGACGUCCUACACCAUGUAUGUGCGGGAGAACAACGUCCCCGCGGUGCUGGUGGGAGCCGUGAGCGCUGCAGAUGCCGACGCGGGGCUCAAUGCCAAGGUGACCUAUUCCCUGGCGCCGGUGGCAGCGGCGGAGCGGCCGCCGUGCUCCUGCGUGUCGGUGAACUCUGAGAGCGGCCACGUGUUUGUGCUGCGGCCCCUGGACUACGAGCGCUUGAGGCAGACCGAGGUCACGGUGAGCGCCUCUGACGCGGGCUCUCCUCCCCUCAGAGCCAACGUCACCGUCCGCCUUGUCGUGCUGGACGAGAACGACAACGCGCCGCUCGUGCUCUACCCAGCCCAGGACGGCAGCCCGGCGGCCAGCGAGCUCGUGCCCGUGGCGGCCGAGGCGGGCUACCUGGUCACCAAAGUGGUGGCCGUCGAUGCCGACUCCGGACAGAACUCCUGGCUCUCGUACCACCUGCUCAGGGCCACCGAGCCCGGCCUGUUCACCGUGGCUCUCCAGAGCGGCGAGGUGCGUCUCAAGAGGCCGCCGACCGAGAGGGACAGCGUGAAGCACAAGCUCCUCGUCCUGGUCACAGACAACGGCAAGCCCCCGCUCUCAGCCACCGCAGCUCUGAGCGCGCUCCUGCUCAAGGACUUCUCCGACGUGCGCCUCCCGCACGGCAGCCCGCCCCCAGACCAUCAGGGCGACUCCCUCACCACCUAUCUAAUCAUCUCCUUGGUCUUCGUCUCGCUCCUCUUCCUCGUCUCCACCGCCGUCUUUGUGGCUCGCCAGGCGUGCAAGAGGAAGGAGCUCGAGCCCGCCCAUGUGCUUUACGCUGCCGACAACUUGCAGAGCGGCCUGGCCGAUGCAGCCGCUGCAGGGACCCUGCCCCGCGCCUAUUGCUACGAGAUCAGCCUCACCACGGGCUCGGGCGACAGCGAGUUCAAAUUCCUCAAGCCCGUCCUGCCCAGCCUGCCCCCACAGCCCUGCGCCGCGGGCCAGGACCCGCAUGAACAGGAACAGGAUUUCCCCCGUGUCCCUGUCAGCACAGAGGACGUGGCACCGGACUAUGCUGGCACUCUCUCUGCUCCACAGUUCAACGCUCUUUCCUUUGACUAG